UUCUCUGAGCACAGGUGCAUUUCUUCUCUUGCUCUAUAAUCACUCCUUAACGCUAUUUUUCCAUCAUGGACUGUGCUUUUGCCAACCUAGAUGCUGCUGGUUUUCUACAGAUUUGGCAACACUUUGAUGCUGAUGAUAAUGGCUACAUUGAAGGGAAAGAGUUGGAUGACUUUUUCCUGCUCAUGGUGAAGAAAUUAGGCCCAGAGGAUAAGAUAUCAAAGGGAAGCGUACAGCAGAUAAAGAAGAGGUUCAUGUCUGCCUAUGAUGUCACAUCAGAUGGACGCCUGCAGAUCGAGGAAAUGGCGAAUAUGAUCCUGCCCGACGAUGAGAACUUCCUUCUUAUCUUUCGUAGAGAGGCUCUGUUAGAUAACAGUGUGGAGUUUAUGAAGAUCUGGAGGAAACAUGAUGCUGACAGCAGUGGUUACAUAUCAGCUGUGGAGCUCAGGGGUUUCUUGAAGGACCUGUUUGAGCAGCACAAAAAGAAUAUUUCCUCAAACAAGUUGGAAGAAUACACAGAUGCCAUGAUGAACAUUUUUGACAAAAACAAAGAUGGCAGAUUGGAUCUUAAUGACCUGGCUAGAAUUCUGGCUCUACAAGAGAACUUCCUGUUGCAGUUCAAAAUGGAUGCCAGUAGUCAAAUGGAGAGAAAGAGAGACUUUGAGAAGAUCUUUGCUCACUAUGAUGUUAGUAAGACUGGAGCACUUGAAGGUCCAGAAGUGGAUGGGUUUGUCAAAGACAUGAUGGAGCUUGUCAAGCCCAGUAUCAGCGGAGUGGAUCUGGAUAAAUUCCGUGAGGUUCUGCUGCAUCACUGUGACGUGAAUAAAGACGGAAAGAUUCAGAAGAGUGAGCUGGCCCUGUGUUUGGGAGUGAAGCUUAAGCCAUAGUCCUCACAUGCAGACGGAAGUUCUCCAAAGAUCACUGUAUUUCAAUACUGUAUUUGGAAGGUGAAAGCAUUACGUAUAACUUGUGUAUCGCUUUGCAAAAUAUGUUAUUGUGAAAUAAAAAUAAGGAAAUGUA